AUGGCGGCACUCCAGGCCCAGCGCCUCUUAUUAACCCAUUCUACCUCCUCUCCUUCGACUUCCGCCGCGCGGCCACGGCCACAGCCACGGUCACGGCGGAGCAGCGUCGCUACCUGCCGCGCCGCCCUGAACGUGCCCUCCGGCAUUCACACCACACAGGAAAACCUCAGCCUUCAGGUCAACUGGAUCGAGACGCCGCGCGUACCGGCCUCCCCUUCGGCUGUCGUCUCAUUGGAGAAGCUCCGCGCGAUCGCGGAUGCCGCGGCGGACCGCGCCGAGAUGCACGACAUCAUCGGCAGGCAGCGCGACAACUGGAACCACCUGCUACUCCACUCCACCAACUCUCUGACGCUCGCCGCCUCCGCCAUGGCCGCCCUCGCGCCCGCCGCGCCGACCAUGGUUGCGCUCAAGGCCUCCGCGGGCGUCCUCCUGGCCACCGCCGCGGUGACCAUGGCCGCUGUCAACAAGAUCCAGCCUUCGCAGCUCGCCGAGGAGCAGCGUAACGCCACGAGGCUGUGGAGGGAGCUGGAGCGGGAACUCCGCGCCGCUAUCGCACACGGCGGGUCGACGACCAAGGCCGACGUGCAGGAAGCCAUGGACCGGGUGCUCGCGCUCGACGCGGCCUACCCGCUGCCGCUAUUGCCCGGUAUGCUCGAGAAGUUCCCCAAGGCUGUCGAACCCACCCGCUGGUGGCCAAGCCGUCGGCCCGCGCAGCCCAAGAAGUCCAGGAGCUUCGGCGUCGCUUCCGGCAAUGGAUGGAGCCAAGAUCUCGAGGACGAGAUGCGAGGCCUCCUCCGGGUCAUCAAGGCCAAGGACGAGAACGAGUUCCUCACGGUGGGCAAGCUGGUUCUAAACCUCAACAGGAGCCUCGCCGUGGCUGGACCGGCGCUGGCCGGCACGGCCGCACUCGCCUCGGUGUUCAUCGGCUCCGGAGAGGCCGGUACGUGGGCGACAGGUGCUGCCGUACUCGGCGGCGCGCUGGCGGCGUCAGUGAACACGGUGGAGCACGGCGGGCAGAUGGGCAUGCUCUUCGAGCUGCUCCGCAACUGCGCCGGGUUCUACCGCAAGAUCCAGGAGGACAUUGAGGCCAACCUCAACGAACCCGACGUGGAGCGGAGGGAGGGCGGCGAGUUGUUCGCCACAAAGGUAGCGCUCAAGCUCGGCCGGAGCCUGUCGGACCUCAAGCAGUUCAGGAAGAUGGCCUCGCCGUCCGUCAGGGACGAGGACAUCAAGGAAUUCGCCGGGAAACUCUUCUAAUCAACUUCACUCACUGACUCACACUACUAGUA